AUGCCAUGUGCCCAGAGGAGCUGGCUUGCAAACCUCUCCGUUGUAGCUCACCUCCUUAACUUUGGGGCCCUUUGCUAUGGGACACAAGCUCAGCCAGGCCCGGUGCACUUCCCGGACAGGAAGCAAGCGCAUUUUGUCAAGGCCCUGCCAGAAUAUCACGUGGUGGCUCCUGUCCGCGUAGAUGCCAGUGGGCAUUUUCUAUCACAUGGCCUGCGCCAUCCCAUCACCAGCGACAGGAGGAAGAGAGAUUUGGAUGGCCCAGAGGAUCGGGUGUACUAUAGAAUUUCCCACGAGGAGAAGGACCUGUUCUUCAACUUGUCAGUCAAUCAGGGAUUUCUUUCCAAAAGCUAUAUCGUGGAGAGGAGAUACGGAAAUCUUUCCCGUGUUAAGAUGGUGGCUUCCUCGGCACCCCCCUGCCAUCUCAGGGGCACAGUUCUGCAACAGGGCACCAGAAUCGGGGUUGCAGCACUCAGUGCCUGCCAGGGACUGACUGGAUUUUUCCAUCUACCGCAUGGAGACUUCUUCAUUGAGCCUGUCAAAAAGCAUCCACUGACUGAGGGAGAGUACCACCCACACAUCAUUUACAGAGGGCAGAGUCAGAGAGCUCCAGAGCAGAAGGAACCAACCUGCGGAUUAAAGGACAGUCUUGCCACCUCCCAGACACUAGAGCAACAGCGAGAAAAGUGGGAGAGGAACCACUGGCCUAGCAGAGGCCUGUCCCGGCGUUCCAUCAGUAAAGAGCGAUGGGUGGAGACACUGGUGGUGGCUGACACGAAGAUGAUUGAGUAUCAUGGGAGUGACAAUGUGGAGUCCUAUAUCCUCACCAUCAUGAACAUGGUCACUGGGUUGUUCCAUAACCCAAGUAUUGGCAAUGCAAUUCACAUUGUUGUGGUUCGGCUCAUUCUACUUGAAGAAGAAGAGCAAGGAUUGAAAAUAGUUCACCAUGCAGAGAAGACACUGUCCAGCUUCUGUAAGUGGCAGAAGAGCAUCAAUCCCAAGAGUGACCUUAACCCUGCCCAUCAUGACGUGGCCGUCCUCCUCACCAGAAAAGACAUCUGUGCUAGUGUCAAUCGCCCCUGUGAGACUUUGGGUCUGUCCCACCUGUCAGGAAUGUGCCAGCCUCACCGGAGCUGUAACAUCAAUGAAGACUCUGGACUCCCUCUGGCUUUCACAAUUGCCCAUGAGCUCGGACACAGCUUUGGCAUCCAGCAUGACGGGAAGGAAAAUGACUGUGAGCCCGUGGGCAGGCACCCAUACAUCAUGUCCCGCCAGCUCCAGUACAAUCCCACCCCACUGACGUGGUCCAAGUGCAGCAAGGAGUAUAUCACCCGCUUCCUGGAUCGAGGCUGGGGGUUCUGUCUCGAUGACAUGCCCCAGAAGAAAGGCUUGAAGUCCAAGGUCAUUGCUCCUGGAGUAAUCUAUGAUGUUCAUCAUCAAUGCCAGCUGCAGUAUGGCCCCAAUGCCACCUUCUGCCAGGAAGUAGAAAAUGUCUGCCAGACUCUGUGGUGCUCAGUGAAAGGCUUUUGUCGCUCUAAGCUGGACGCUGCUGCAGAUGGGACACGAUGUGGUGAGAAGAAGUGGUGUAUGGCUGGCAAAUGUAUCACAGUGGGGAAGAAACCAGAGAGCAUUGCUGGAGGCUGGGGCCGCUGGUCACCCUGGUCCCACUGUUCUAGGACCUGUGGGGCCGGAGCCCAGAGUGCAGAGAGGCUCUGCAACAACCCUGAACCAAAGUUUGGAGGGAAGUACUGCACCGGAGAAAGAAAACGCUAUCGCUUGUGCAACGUCCACCCCUGUCGCCCAGAUGCACCAACAUUUCGGCAGAUGCAAUGCAGUGAGUUUGACACCGUUCCCUACAAGAAUGAAUUCUACCACUGGUUUCCAGUUUUUAAUCCAGCACAUCCUUGUGAGCUCUACUGCCGACCCAUAGAUGGCCAGUUUUCCGAGAAAAUGCUGGAUGCUGUCAUUGAUGGUACCCCUUGCUUUGAAGGCGGCAACAGCAGAAAUGUCUGUAUUAAUGGCAUAUGUAAGAUGGUCGGCUGUGACUAUGAGAUCGGCUCCAAUGCCACGGAGGAUCGCUGCGGUGUGUGCCUUGGGGAUGGCUCUGCCUGCCAGACUGUGAAGAAAAUGUUUAAACAGAAAGAAGGAUCUGGUUAUGUUGACAUUGGACUGAUUCCAAAAGGAGCAAGGGACAUAAGGGUAAUGGAGGUUGAAGGAGCUGGAAACUUUUUGGCCAUCAGGAGUGAAGACCCCAAAAAAUAUUACCUCAAUGGAGGAUUUAUUAUCCAGUGGAAUGGAAACUACAAGCUGGCAGGGACCAUCUUCCAAUAUGACAGGAAAGGAGACCUGGAGAAACUGAUGGCCACAGGUCCUACCAAUGAGUCAGUGUGGAUCCAGCUUCUGUUCCAGGUGACUAACCCUGGCAUCAAAUAUGAGUAUACAAUCCGGAAAGAUGGCCUUGACAAUGACGUGGAAAAACUGGUGUACUUCUGGCAGUAUGGCCACUGGACAGAGUGCAGCGUAACAUGUGGGACAGGUAUCCGCCGCCAGACUGCCCGUUGUGUGAAGAAGGGCCACGGGAUGGUGAAAGCUACCUUUUGUGACCCAGAAACACAGCCCAACGGGAGACAGAAGAAGUGCUAUGAAAAGGACUGUCCACCCAGGUGGUGGGCCGGGGAGUGGGAAGCAUGCUCAGCAACAUGUGGGCCCCACGGAGAGAAGAAGCGAACGGUGCUGUGCGUCCAGACCAUGGGCUCUGAUGAGCAGGCUCUUCCAGCUAAAGACUGCCAGCACCUGCUGAAGCCCAAGACCCUCAUUUCCUGCAACAGAGACAUCUUGUGUCCAUCGGACUGGACAGUAGGCAACUGGAGUGAGUGUUCUGUUUCCUGUGGUGGUGGAGUGCGGAUUCGCAGUGUCACGUGCGCCAAGAACCAUGAUGAACCUUGUGACGCAACAAGGAAACCCAAUAGCCGGGCUCUUUGUGGCCUCCAGCAAUGCCCAUCUAGCCGAAGAGUUCUGAAGCCCAACAAAGUCACAAUUUCCAGUGGGAGAAAGCCACCAACAUCUGGGCAGGACCCCUUAAAGCCCAUCCCUCCAACAACGUCCAGUCCCAGAACACUGAGCACACCCACAGUGCCCCAGUCUGUGAGUACAAGUGCCCUGGCCAUCAGCAGCCCCGGUCCUACCCCAGAUCCCAAAGAAGGAGACCUGGAUGGGAAAUGGUGGCAGAACAGUUCAAACCAAACUGAACUGGGCUCCAAUUAUGUCAUUUCCACUGGAAGUACUUCCCAGCCCAUCAUCACUUCCUGGCCUUUGAGUGUCCAGCCAAAUGAAGAGAAUGUUCCCAAUUCAGACACUGGUCCUACCUCAGAGGGAGACUUUUUAACCACGACAAUGAGUGGUUCUGAUUUGCCAUCUUCCAGCAGCCCUGUGACUUGGCAGGUGACUCCAUUUUAUGAUACCUUGACCAAAGAGCCAGAAAUGGAGAUUCACAGUGGCUCAGGGGAAGACAGUGAACAAGCUAAGGACAAAAAUGAAAAUAACUCCAUAACGUGGAGCAAAAUCAGAGUACCUGGAAAUGAUGCUUCAGUGAUGCAAAGCACAGAAAUGCCCCUUGGACCCCCACCAACACCUUAUUUCAGGGGGCCGUCCAUGUGGCCACCCUUCAGCACGGUGAUGGAAGGACUACUACCCAGCCAAAGGCCUGCUACUCUCAAAAAUGGUGCACCUGGAGCUGAGGGGAUGUUCACUGAAAAGCCAGCAAACACUCCAUUCCCUCUGGGAGGAGACCACCAGCCAGGACCCUCAGAACGUUCCAUAAACCAUGACCCCCCAGAACUUCCAAGCAACAUGAAUCUGACGCAGAGUUCCGGACCAGUCCUGACUGAGGAAGAUGCAAAAAGUCUGAUAGCUGAGGGGUUUUUGCUAAAUGCUUCCAAUUACAAGCAGGUGUCCACGAGCAGCAGCCCUGCAUACUGGGUUGUUGGAAACUGGAGUGAGUGCUCUACCACCUGUGGUCUGGGGGCCUACUGGAGAAGCGUGGAAUGCAGCACCCAGAGGGAUUCCGACUGUGCUGCCCUUCAGAGGCCUGACCCUGCCAAGAGAUGCCACCUUCGUCCCUGCGCCAGCUGGAAAGUGGGGAACUGGAGCAAGUGCUCCAGAAACUGCAGCGGGGGCUUCCAGAUCCGGGAGAUUCAAUGUGUGGACAGCCGGGACCACCGGAGCCUGAGGCCAUUUCACUGCCAGUUCCUGGCCGGCAUUCCUCCCCCACUGAGCAUGAGCUGUAACAUGGAGCCCUGUGAGGAGUGGCAGGUGGAGCCCUGGAGCCAGUGUUCCAGGUCCUGUGGAGGUGGAGUUCAGGAGAGAGGAGUGAUUUGUCUAGGAGGUCUCUGUGACUGGACGAAAAGGCCCACAUCCACUGCACCCUGCAACAGCCAUCCUUGUUGUCACUGGGCCACUGGGAACUGGGACCUGUGCACUGCUUCCUGUGGAGGGGGCUUUCAGAAGAGGACUGUGCAUUGUGUCUCCUCAGAAGACAACACAACUGAAGACCGAUGCGUGUGUGAUCACGAAGCCAGACCUCCAGAAGUCCAGAAGUGCAGCCUGCAGGCCUGCAAGAAGAGUGCUGAUUUACUUUGCACCAAGGACAAGUUAUCAGCCAGUUUCUGCCAAACACUAAAAACCAUGAAGAAAUGUUCUGUGCCCACUGUGAGGGCUCAGUGCUGCCUUUCAUGUCCCCAGACACACAUCGUCCACACCCAAAGGCCAAGAAAGCCACAGUCGCUCAAAAACCCCAAAGCAUUCUAG